GCGGCAGCAACACAGGCAGAGGGACAAGGCGAUGGCCUGACGAGAGAACGCGAUGAGCUGCAGAGUGCGCUGACCGACGCACAAGAACGCGUGGACACACUAGAGACCACUCUGGAGUCCUCAAAGGCUGCAUUUGCCGAUUUGGAGACCCAAAAGCAGAGCCUGGAAGACCGCCUUUCUUCGCUCGAUACGGAACUCAGUAAUUCAUCCGCAUUUACGGCUGAGACUAAGGCGGCUGUGGUACAAGCGCAGGAAGAACGAGACAGUGCACUCGCAGAACGGGACAGUGUGAGCCACGCGCUAACCACAGCGGAGGAGCGUGUGACUGCCUUGCAGGCAGAGCUCGAGGGUCUGAAGGUAUUGUUUGGCCUUAUUUGGUACUAUACAGGUGUAUAA